AUGUUUGCGCUCUCUUGCGGGUUUCCCUUACUUCUCUUCGCUUUCUUAUUAUUUAGUAGCUGGGCAGCUGUUCUUCAGAGGGCGGAGGGGAGAAUAAACAAACAUGACGUGACCAUGCUUCCCCAAACCACGCCUCUGCGAAAACAGACAUGGCGCUCGCAUGGCCGCCCUGUCGUCGAGGCUGAUGCGAUCGCCAGGGUGCCGCAAAAGCGUGGAAGGCUAGUGUUCCGCUGUACUCGGACUCUUUACCCCAAUCUCAUCAUGAGCGGGUCCCGAGUGCCGGCCGACCACGACCAGGUCCCAGCCACCGCUCUUGACAGAUUGCACCUCGACCUCUCCACAAGGCUGCAAUCAAGUCAGGACAGCUCGAGAACCUCAACCUCAGCCCAUUGA